AUGGAGGAUCUUGAUCGCAUAAGGAAAUUUCGAAGUCAGGCCAGGUCGUCGAUAACCCGAACGGUGAACGAUCUGAAGACGCUUUUGACUACGACCCCUCUUCCCAGAGAGCAACUGAAGCAAACCUUGACGGUUCUGGAAACGAAGUGGGCUACCUUGAAAGAAAAGGACCGGGAGGUUCAGGGUCUGAUACCGGAGGAAUUGAUAGAGAGCGAGUGUAAUUCCUGCGAUCAAUACCUCGAGUCAGUCACUGCGAUCAAGUUCCAAGUGUGUUCCGCACUAGACUCCACGACCGCAUCCCGAUCUUUGGCUCCCGCAAGUGACGGCGUUAAUGCUACGGGACCUCGACGAUCCUCCUCAGGAGAUCGGAGUCCGGCUACCGGAGUCACUCUGCCGAAGCUACGGAUCGACACCUUUAACGGCGACCUAUCUAGAUGGCAGGGGUUCUGGGACCAGUUCCGUGCGAGUAUUCAUGAAAACGAACGUCUCACUGAUGUCAACAAGCUGAAGUACCUGGUUUCUCUCGUUUCGGGGCCAGCAGCCCGUGCCAUUGAAGGUCUCUCAAUUAGCGAUGAGAACUACACGACUGCCGUGGACAUACUUCAGAAGCGAUUUGGGAAGGACGACCUUCUUGUGACCGAAAACAUGGGGCGCCUUUUCGAGCUCAGGACUGUUCGGUCCAGCACCGACGUAAAUGGGUUGCGUGAGCUCCACGAGACUGUUACAGUGCGCAUCAGGAAGCUGGAGAGCCUAAAUGUUACGACAGCACAAUACGCAAUUCCGCUUCGGCAGGUCAUCUUGAAGAAGAUUCCUAGAGACCUCGAAAUGGACUUCUACCGAACCAAGGACAAAGGCAAAGACACCAACGGCGACUCUUUAUCAUCCCUACUAGAUUUCCUGGGGAAUGAGAUUGAAUGUCGGGAACGAGCCCGAAGGGAGGCAGAUGACGUUCCCAAGCGCAGGGAGCCGACCCCAGCCUCUGCAUCUUCGCUGACAGCAACCGCGUCGUCUGUCUCAGAUCCAGCACCUGCAAUGGCUGCCCCAAGCACUCCUACGUGUGUGCUUUGCAAGUCCUGA